AUGUCGCAGUACGCCUCACGUUAUGUAAGUAACAAUGGGCCUGGCGAUCAGCGUCCCACUGCCAUGGAGAUCGUCCAAGAUGAGAACCUUAUCGGCAAGCCCUCUGAUAAAGUCUUCUUCCUCACUGGUAUCAGUUCAGGAAUUGGCAUCGAAACAGUGCGAGUUCUUCACGCUACUACUGCGACGGUCUAUGGCAGCGUUUGCAAUCUGCGCAAAGGCCGAAAGGCCGUCGAUGAGGUCAUCGCGGCAAGUCCGAGUACCAAAGCCAAAGUUGAGCUAGUCGAGAUAAAUCUAAUCUCGACUCUUUCGAUUCGAUCAGGAAAAGUGCAAAGGAGCUCUUAA